AUGCCGGAAGGCAGCGCCGCCGUGCUCACGGACACGCGUGGGGCGCGGAGAGCACGGGGCGAGCGCGCACUGACGGCGCGGACCCGGCACGGCUUAGGACCGCGGCCCAGGCCUCCGGCUCGCUACAGGGACCGGACGGAAGUGCCGGCGCUGUCCCGCCCCCCGCGGUCGCGCAUGCCCCGGCGGGUGGAGGCGGCCGCGGCACUGCGGGAGCGGAUGCCGGGGGUGGUGCGCCUCCGCAAGCGGCGGUCGGUGCUGUACAGCUCGGCCGGCAGGGCCGCCGCGCAGCGAGGCGCCGGUGCGGCCGCGCCAGCGCCGCUGCUGGCGCUCGCCCUGGCGCUGCGGACGUUCAAUUGCUUCCUCGUUCAGACCAGCUUCGUCCCGGACGAGUACUGGCAAUCGCUGGAGGUGGCGCAUCGCAUGGUCUUCAAUUAUGGUUACCUGACUUGGGAAUGGACAAGUAGCCUAAGGGGCUACUCGUACCCACUGAUCUUUGCAAGCAUGUACAAAGCAUUACAGCUGCUGGCUAAGGAUAAUGUUCAGCUGCUGAUCUGGGUCCCUAGGCUUGCACAGGCAAUGCUGGCUGCUUUUGCUGAUGUGAAGCUUUACUCACUAGUGCAGCACCUUGAAAAUUCAGAAACAGCAAAGUUUGUGUUCUUCUGCCAGCUCUGUUCCUGGUUUACAUGGUACUCCUGUACCAGAACUCUAACAAACACCAUGGAGACUAUUCUUACAAUUUUUGCUCUUUCCUACUAUCCGAUAAAAGGUUCCAAGAUGGGGAACAGCUGUAAAUAUUUAGCUUUGGUAGCACUUGCAGUUGUUGUUCGUCCCACUGCUGUUAUCCCGUGGAUGCCUCUGGUCUUCAGUCAUUUUUUGCAAGAACAGAGAAAAGCAGACCUUAUCCUACAGAAGUGUAUUCCAGUUGGAUUGGUCACAGUAGGAACCUCUUUAAUAAUUGACCGUGUGUUUUUUGGUGAGUGGGUACUGGUUCAGCUGAACUUCUUGAAAUUCAACGUGCUGCAGAAUUUGGCAACGUUUUACGGCUCUCAUCCUUGGCAUUGGUACUUCACUCAGGGACUCCCAGUCAUCUUGGGUCCCCAUCUGCCUUUCUUUAUUCAUGGCUGUGUGCUGGCACCAAGAAGGUACUGCAUCUUUCUACUGGCAGUGAUUUGGACAGUGCUGGUGUACAGCACACUGAGCCAUAAGGAAUUCAGGUUCAUCUACCCAGUACUGCCAUUCUGCAUGAUUUUUUGUGGAUAUUCUUUGAAACACCUGAAAGCAUGGAAGAAAUCUGCAGCAAGUUUCCUGCUCUUAUCCAAUUUACUUCUAGCCCUGUACACAGGCUUGGUUCACCAGCGAGGCACUCUGGAUGUUAUGAGUCACAUCCAGCAGCUCUGCAAUAACCCUCACCAGUCAAAAGCUUUUGUCUUCAUCCUGAUGCCGUGCCAUUCUACUCCAUUUUACAGUCAUGUUCACUGUCCUCUAAAAAUGAGAUUCCUUCAGUGUCCCCCAAACCUAACUGGCAACGAGAGCUACGUUGAUGAAGCAGAUGUGUUUUAUUCUAACCCACUUGGCUGGCUGCAUAAGGAGUUUGACAAUGACACGUUAUUACCCAGUCACUUGAUUCUCUUCAGUGUGCUAGAACAGGAAAUAUCACCAUUUCUAGCUUUAAGGGGCUAUGAGAAAACAGCCACUGUCUUUCAUACUCAUGUACCUCAAGGACGAGUUGGAAGCCACAUCUACAUCUACAGGAGAAAAACUGAAAUGAAUCAUCCCUGAAGAUCAGUGUCUAGACCUCAGACCUAAUGAGAUCAGUUUUGCAUAGCAGUAGCUAUGCUUAGAAGACCUCGUACUGCAGAAAGGAGAGAGCAGUGAGCCUGAAGCUGGGGAAGUCAAAUCGGAAGUCCCAUUAGGCAGCCAGUGGCUGCCUGGAAACACAUAACCCUCCUCCUGAAGGCAACUUGAGUAGCAGUAGGGCAGGGUGGGGUUGCUGAUCUUCCUUACAACACUAGAAAACAUUGGGAAGACCAAAGUUACCAUAUGAAUACUUAAGCAAUAAAAUACAGACAAGGGUGGACCAUUUUUAUGGAACUGUACAGCUGUGCUGAGUUUGUUUUAUAAAUAAAGACUUUUACCCACAA